AUGUAUUUCAAAUUUUCAAUAGUCGACUUAGCAUGGCAUAGUCCGAACAGCGUGGAAGAAACAUGCAACAUUGGCAUUUUUGGAGAAACGGGCGCUGGUAAAAGCUCCUUGGUCAAUUUGGUCGCUGGGACGCCAACGGGGCUGACAUCCUGCGACGCUACAGGAUGUAUAACUGAAUCCAAUGUGCACGAUGUCCUAAUUCAGAACGAAACCCUAAAGUUGAAAGUAAAACUUUUCGAUACAGUCGGUCUCGGUGAGGGCCCCGAAGGAACAGUCCCUGACAAGGAUGCUGCGAGGAUUCUGAAGAAGCUCCUUCGAGAUUUUAUGAAGCAAACCGACAUUCAUCUCAUGUACUCUGUACGGGGUGUGAGAGUGACGAAGGGGAUGCUCAAGUGGUGCCGAACACAAUCAUACUACGCCGUCUUGCAACUUAUCGAACAGUGUCGCCUGUCGCAAAGGGUUCAAACUCCACUGUUUGAUGUCGGCCGAUGUGGGAAAACCCCUCGUGCCCAUAUUUUACUAAUGUCGAUAAGCAGGAAAAAGCAUAAAGAUAUCGUACUCGCUGAGGAGACGGCGCCAAGCGCUGGUUCACUCGUUCACCACCCCGUGGCAGAGGAGAUAGCGUCGACAACUCCUGACUUGCGACUCUGUACAUUACAGUAUACAGCAAUUGUUGACCUGCAUGACGAGAUUUUCAAGGCAUUUGAAACCAUUUGGCUCAAGGACUCGCAUCUGGAAAUCAAAGAGCACUCUAUCCCUCCCGAAAAUGGGUGCAAGGAGACAGACGCAAGCGUUGGUUCGCACAUCAGCCUCAUGGCGGGAGAUGAGGUAGCGCCUACAGCCCCCGACAUGCAGCGCCGUAUACCGACCCACAUUGGAAUCAUGGAGUACCCCAUCACUUCCGACAUCGAUAAUGAUUCACGCGCCAACCUCGUAGUGGGAGGUGGGGUAGCUCCCACAGCUCCUAAUAUAGAAUGCUGUAUGCUGCAAUGUUCAGAGAUUGUCGCCUCGGAUGACGAGACUUCUGAGGCGUGCGGAACUAUGAUGGUGCUCUUUUGGCAGACUGGAGCAAACAAAAGCUCACUCGUCAACAUUUUGGCGAGAGAGAAGGUGGUGCACCCAGCUCCUGACAUGCGACGCUAUCUGCUACAGUGCAUAGAGGCCGUCAAAUUAGGUGACAAGACUUCUGUCGAAAAUUUUGACUCGAGCACCUGCGUCCGGCCAUCAUAG